CUCGCAAUAGUCUGUCGGAUUCGAAAAGAGGGAGUCCAGAUCCAGACCAUAUUUGACAGCAUGCUCCUUGUACGAGAGACAGUGCAAAUGAUGUUGUUUCAACUGCGCCACGUCUUUACCCGCAUCAUACAGAACCGCAAGGUUACUCUCGCUGAGCUCCAAGCGACAAGUCCCGAAGGACUCGAAAAGAUUCUCCACUGGAAUACAGUGACAGCGCCUCGACGCAAUGAGACACUUUGCCACCGUCUCAUUGAGGAACGCUGUGAAGAACAACCAUCUGCCCCCGCAGUUUGUGCUUGGGAUGGCGCACUCACGUAUGCUGAGUUGGAUGCACAAGCAUCCAGGUUAGCCAAUCGCUUGGUUGAAGCCGGAGUCGGGCCGGAUCAAUUUGUUGGCCUGCUCAUGGAGAAGUCUAUGUGGACGAGCGUCACAAUAUUGGCUGUGAUGAAGGCCGGGGGAGCGUUGGUGUUGAUGGAUGCCUCGCAGCCAGUGCAGCGUCUGGCCCUAAUGUGCCGCAAGGCUCAACCGCGGGUACUGUUAGUAUCGCCAAAACAUGCUGCAGUUGCAGGAGAGCUCAAUGCCCCGGUUUUGAUAGUGCCCAGCAUUCAAGAGCAGGAUAAGACUUCCACCACAGCCUAUUCACAAACUAAGACAGGUCGACCUCAUAACAGUCUAUAUGCUGGAUUCACGUCCGGCUCCACAGGCGAGCCCAAAGGGUUUGUGAUGGAUCACACGGCCUUUUGCAGCGGCCUCGAUGCUUAUUGCGAACAAUCCGGGUUGACGUCUCAAUCCCGCGUGUUCCAAUUUGCCUCUCACGCAUUUAUCAUUAGUUUAACAGACCAGAUCGCUCCUCUUACCCAGGGCGCCUGUGUCUGCUCACCGUCUGAUGACCAGUUGCAGAACGAUCUGGCCGGUGCAAUCCGUGCGCUCAAUGCGAAUUGGGCCAAGCUGACGCCAUCUGUUCUUCGUCUUCUGGAACCCGCAGAUAUCCCUGGACUACAGACCUUGAUCACCGUGGGUGAACCUAUGGAUACAGCCGAGGUAACAAAAUGGCAACGAAGUGGCAUCUCCCUCCUUUCACUAUACGGAUUGUCCGAGAACUCCAAAGGCGGUAUGUUUGCUAGUCGCAAUGGCCCCAGCUGCACUAGUUGCAGAUUUAAUCGACCGUUCUGCGCCACGCCUUGGGUUGUCAGUCGUCAUGAUCCGAACAUCCUCAUGCCAAUUGGGGCUGAAGGGGAGAUGCUCUUUGAAGGGCCCUGUGUGAGCAAGGGGUACAUAGAUAACGAGGAACAAAAUCAUAUGACAUUUCUGGAGGACCCCGCUUGGCUUAAGCAAGUCCGUCCGGAUGGUCAUGGUCGGUUCCUGAGGACUGGUGACCUUGUCAGAUACAACCCAAAAGACGGCGCACUACACUUGCUUGGCCGUAAGGGAACACGGAUUAAGAUUCGAGGCCAACGUGUUGAGCUCUCUGAGAUUGAAUACCAUUUGUAUGCACAAUUCGACGAUAUCAAAGAGCCAGUGGUAGUAGAGGUGGUUGUACCAUCUGACAACUCGCAGCGCGAUCCCAUGCUGGUUGCCUUUGUGCCAGUUGAAAAGCCUGGGCCAUCACUGCAUUACCACAACCGAGCUGAAAACCUUUUCGUCCCCCCUAACGAAGAAUUCCGCCAAAAGGCACAAAUCACCUUGUUGAACCUCAGCAAUGUUCUCCCCAGUUUUAUGGUUCCAUCAGCCAUCGUUGCGACUACCGCUCUUCCACGGACGCCUACUGGCAAGCUGCACCGACGAUUGUUGCGCGAGGAAGCCUCGAAGCUAUGCCGUAAAGACCUCCUCACGUACACUUAUAACGAGGCUGCCCACCAAGCUCCUGUCACGGAACAGGAGAUAAUCCUCCAGCGAAUCUGUGCUGAGGUGCUUAGUCUCCCGCCUGACACCAUUGGGAUGCAGGCCAAUUUCUUGGACCUUGGAGGCAACUCAAUCCUUGCCCGUCAAUUAGUGACGCGAGUCCACAAGAGCGGCUUGCACAUUACCGUGGCUGAUGUGCUCCGGCAGCCAUCUAUGUCCACGCUUGCGUUGUGCCAUCGAAGCAUGAGUGACAGUGCAGCUCCGAUGUUUGACGAUCUGACCACGGACCCAUUCGAGAAUUUACGAACUGACCUUCUCGCCAAUCUCCCGGCGUCCUGGGACGCUGCAAAUAUCGAGGACGUUCUCCCGACACAUGAUGAGCAGGAGUACAUGGCGGCCUGGCCCGAACUUGACUAUCAUUUGUUUGAAUUAACUGGCCCUGUUGACGCAGCCCAGCUCCAUCUCGCGUGCCAAGCCCUCGUCACGAACCAUACCAUUUUGCGUUCUGUGUUUGUCCCAUUCCGCGACACAAUGCUCCAGGUUGUCCUGCGCCAUGUAGACGUUCGCUUUUCUGUCCAUACUUCGACGGGUCAGGACGCGCUGAGCUAUGCUCUUGCAUACCGUGAGGCCGAUUUGCAGCAGCCAUAUCGCGCGGACGAGCCCAGGCUGGAGUUUAAAUUAAUCCAAGAUGCACCAGAGCAUUCUAUUUUGCAUUUUCGAAUUCUCCAUGCUCAGUAUGAUGCGGUCUGCCUUCCAAGACUGCUUUCUGACCUUUGGGCUGCCUACGACGGCCGGGACAUCCAUGUUGUGUCCGAUUACUCCGAUUAUGCCCGGGAGUGUUCCCGGCAGAGGAAACCCGCUGCAAAUAACUUCUGGCAUGACCUUCUUGAAGGCUCGAAUAUCACACCAGCUCCGUUCCAAGAAGUGCCAGUACCAGACGAGCAACGAACAGCCUUCGAAGUGGAUAUCCCUCUCCUCAUACCCCCGGCUGGGAUAACCGUGGCCACCGUGAUCAAAGCUGCUUGGGCAAUUGUCCUGCAGGAGUACACUGGAACCACAGAUGAUCUCGUCUUUGGUCAAUUUGUCAACACCCGCAACCUGUCGCUGCCCGGAAUCGAUGACAUAAUCGGCCCAUGUUUCAACGUGAUCCCGGUGCGGGUUCCGCGGAGCAUGUUAUCAAGCUCCAUAUACGAUCUGCUUCGGACCAUCCAGUCUCAGCACGCGGGAUGUAUCGAUUUUGAGACUACUUGCUGGAGGGACAUAUUCAGC